CACGCGAAGCGCCACCGCAGCGCCGGGUUUGCGUCGGAUCGCAGUUCUGCUGCGUCCAAGGGCAGGUAUUUUCUUUUUUGAAAAUGAAUUUUACAGCUGAAGAAGUUUCCUUUUCAAAGGUGACCAUUGCCUUCUUUACAGUGGCUUCCAUUUUAAUUUCUAUACGAAUUUUUAUGAAGAGCAAGCAACCUCGGCCACCAGGACCUUGGUCUCUGCCAAUUGUGGGCAAUCUUCUCCAGCUGGGAGAGCAUCCCUACAUUUCAUUUGAUCACAUGCGGAAGAAAUACGGAGAUGUGUUUCAGAUAAAGCUGGGAAUGGUACCAGUCGUGGUAGUUAAUGGACUGGAUGCAGUGAAACAGGUGCUGCUUAGAGAUGGGGAGAGUUUUGCUGCCCGACCUGACAUGCACACCUUUUCUUUUUUUGCUGAUGGAGAGAGCCUGUCAUUUUCUGUGAAGUACGGAGAAAGCUGGAAGCUUCAGAAGCAAAUUGCCAGCAAAGCUUUAAGGUCACUCACCAAAUCAGAAACCAUGUCUUCAACUUGCUCUUGUCUGCUCGAAGAGCAUGUUUGUGCUGAAGCUUUGGAACUGGUGAAAACCUUCGUAGAGCUCUCCAAACAGGCUGGUAGCUUUGACCCUGCUGUCUCCACUACCUGUGCAGUUGCGAAUGUUGUCUGUGCCCUCUGCUUCAACAAAAGGUAUGACCAUGAUGACGAGGAGUUUCAAUGCAUGCUUAAGGUAAACGAUGAUUUCAUAAAAGCAUCAGGCGCCUUCAAUCCAGCUGAUUUUAUUCCAUGCCUCCGUUACCUCCCACUGCCUGCUGCAAAGGCUGCUCGAGAGUUUUAUGGGAAGUUCAACAACUUUGUUGCAAAACGUGUGGAAGACCAUUACACCACAUACGAUAAGAACCACCUCAGAGACAUCACAGAUGCCCUGAUUAGUGUAAGCAAUGAAAAAAGAGAGGAUGGGAAAGCUGCAGCUUUAUCUCAUCAGAAAAUAAUAGUUACAGUCAAUGACAUUUUUGGGGCUGGCUUUGCUACACUGUCAGUAUGUUUGCAAUGGAUAUUUCUGUACCUGAUAAGCAAUCCGGAAAUUCAAACGAAAAUACAAGAAGAAAUUGAUGCAAAGAUUGGAGAAAGACCAUCAAGGUUUGAAGAUCGAAAAGUUCUGCAUUACACAGAAGCUUUUCUUCACGAAAUAUUUAGGCACACCUCCUUCCUGCCCUUCACUAUUCCUCACUGUACCACCAAAGAUGCCACUCUGAAUGGGUACCAUAUUCCCGCAAAGACUUGUAUCUUCAUUAAUAUGUAUCAAGUAAAUCAUGAUGAAUCUUUAUGGGAAGACCCUUACUUGUUUAAACCACAUAGAUUUCUGAAUGAAAAUGGAGAGCUCAACAAGAGCUUGGCUGAGAAGGUAUUGAUCUUUGGAAUGGGAAUACGAAAAUGUUUGGGAGAAGAAGUCGCCCGCAAUGAAGUCUUUGUCAUCCUCACCACCAUCUUGCAGCAGCUGAGGCUGGAGAAACCUCCUGAAGAUCAUCUAGAUCUGAAUCCAAUUUACGGGCUGUCCAUGGCACCUAAACCAUACCGAAUUAAAAUAUUAUUGCGCACUUGAUGAGGGGAACAGCUUUGCUUUCAAACUCAAUGAUAAUGCAGUAUGAUGCAGUGAAAACUAAUCCAUGGACCUUGUGUGACCAUAUUGCAUCUAUCAGGAGAACCAUGCUGGGCUUUUUGCUUAAUAUGAUUUUUUAAAAUCACUCUGAUGACACGUAUGAGAUUAGCUAGAGAGUGAAUUUAAUCCAGGCUUUUCAUGUGCAAGUUGCCUAUAUAUCUUUUAUGUUUUGUCUUGCAGGGCAUAUAACUAUGGGAGGAGGGGAAAUGCAGAUGAGUGAAAGGGUGAAAGGCUGUUCUGCAGUACCAAGACCCUGAGCUGGUGGAGGGAAUUGCUGCUCUUAACUGGGUCUCCCGACAGGGGUGCCAACUUGAAUAAAAUAUUUGGGGGGCCCAGGUAAGCCCCACACCGCAUAAUCGAUCACACG